AUGAGCGCUUCGUGGUUAUCGAGGCUUGGAAGCAUUCAGAAUUUUUGUGCAAGAACUACAUCCUUAGUGGUAGAGGAUGAUUUGUACAAUGUCUACAGUACUGCAAAGACUUCAAAAGAGUUAUGGGAUGCUCUCGAGAAGAAGUAUAAAACUGAAGACGCGUGUUUGAAAAAGUUUGUAGUUGCAAAAUUUUUGGACUAUAAAAUGAUGGACAAUAAAUCUGUCGGAACUCAAGUCCAAGAGCUUCAAGUCCUUAUCCAUGAUCUCCUUGCUGAAGGUAUAAUUCGUGUUAAUACGUUUAUUGCAAGUAUUAAUUAUACCAUUACUUACAAGUUUAAUAUUGUAGGAAUGAUAAUUAAUGAGGCGUUUCAAGUGGUUGCUAUGAUUGAAAAAUUGCCUCCUUCGUGGAGAGAUUUUAAAAAACUACCUGAAACACAAAUGCAAGGAAAUGACGCUCGAAGAUCUUGUGAUUCGUCAAAGAUCGAGGAAGAUAACAAAGCUGCAGAGAGGAAGGUUCGCAGUAAUUCAACAAUAUCAGGUGCAAAUAUCGUUGAGACUGCUCAACCGAAGUCCAGCAAGAGGAAGAAAUCAUCCGGGCCGGCGAACAAUUCUAAGAAGAAAAAGUUCAAAGGAGAAAAUUUCAAAGGAGACUGGUACAAUUGUGGCAAGACUGGACAUAAAUCUGUAGAUUGUCGUGCCCACAAGAACCAGAAGAAGAAAAAUCAAGCAAACAUAAUUGAGAAGAAUGAAGAAGAGGAGGAAUUGUGUGCAAUGUUCUCCGAAUGCAGUUUGGUUGGAAAUCCAACAGAUUGGUGGAUUGAUUCUGGCGCUACACGCGAUGUCUGCUCCAAUAAAGAGAUGUUUAUCUCAUAUGCUCCUGCAGGGCCCGAAGAAACAAUCUUUAUGGGAAAUUCCGCAACAGCUAAGGUUGAAGGCGCUGGGAAUAUUACUCUCAAAAUGACUUUGGGCAAGACAUUGACUUUGAAGAAUGUUCUCCAUGUUCCAGAAAUCAGAAAGAACUUAGUUUCUACCGGACUUCUAGUGAAGAACAGUUUUAAGUGUGUUUAUGUAUCCGACAAAGUUGUUAUAAGUAAGAACGAUAUGUACAUGGGAAAAGGUUACCUCACCGAGGGCCUUCUCAAACUUAAUGUAAUUGCUAUCAAUAAUAAUAAAGUUGAGGUUUCGUCUUACUUGCUUGAGUCAGAUUCUUUAUGGCAUGAACAUUUUCUGACAUUUUUGUUAGAAAAUGAGCCUCAAAAUUUUAAAGAAGCUAUAACGUCUUCGGAAGCUCAAUAUUGGAAAGAGGCAGUCAAUGGUGAAAUUGAAUCCAUAUUAAACAACCAUACAUGGGAGUUGGUUGAUCUUCCACCCGAGAACAAACCUUUAGGUUCCAAAUGGAUAUUCAAAAGGAAGAUGAAAGAUGAUGGUACUAUUGACAAAUAUAAGGUAAGACUUGUUGUCAAAGGAUUCAGACAAUGA